GCACAAGGUGGCAAUUCAGCUUGCGCAUUUCGCAUUUCGACACCUUUGUCAACGCGAUUGAACUUACACACACUCGGACAGUGGGAGAACGGAAAGAACAGACGGCGGAAGAGUGUGAAAAAGAGGCAAACAAACAACCGUGCGAUAACAACAACAAUAGCCAGCGAGCCCCAGCGCCUCCAGCAAAUGGAAAUGGCCAACAUGAUCGGCAACAACCACAGCGGGGGCAACAAGAGCAGUGGCGUCGGCGGCCCCAACUACAACAACAGUUACAACAGCGUGGCUGACAGUGGACACAGCAGCACCACCGGAGGUGGCGCCGAUACUCCACGGCUCCGCGACAUUCUGAAUGUUGGCGGCGGAUACCAGAUUCCAGCAGGUGGCUGCGCCUACGACCUCAUCAUCGAGCUGAUGCGAGGCCUCGACAUCCAGGACGACGGAAUCGUGCUGAACUCCAAGAUCAAGACCAUUGAGACUGACUUCUGCAACAUUGUGCGCGACGAGUCGAUGCUGUGCGAAUCCAUGGAGUACCUGAACGACAAGGCGCUCGGAGACAGCGACACGGCGCUAAAGUUCGCCCUGCUCUUCUCAUCCCGUAACUUCGAUGCGCUGGCGAUGAAGGACACCAAGGUGCGCAGCGCCAUGCUGAAGAUCCUCGAGACAAAUUUCCUGAAUGCAGAUGCGUACCGGACGCACGACAAGAACCGGCUGUACAACUCCAUAACGCUGCUGGGCGAGUACUACCACCGGGUCCGGCUGGCAGACAAUGCUCCAAUCACGAUCCUAGGGGUGUCCCUGCUGGACCUGCUCACCCGGGAGCUUACGGACGUCAAUGUUGUGGUGAACGCCCGUCUGGCGCGCCUCGUCCUUUCCCAGAUCUCGCUGAACGGAGAGAUCAUGCGCACGCGCCACAAGGCUGAGAUCGACCAGCUGCUGUUCCACGUCCGUCGCCACCUGAUUAUGCAGCCUGCGCUAACCGCCAAGGUGAAGGCCAUGUUCGUUAUGGUGCUGGACCUGUUCUACAGCCACUUCAAACACAUCGGCAACGAGCUGGAGGCCAUGUACACCACCUAUCUGGUGGUUGAAGAGGGGGAGGAUGACGCAGUCAACAAUAACGGAUCGGGACCCAUGCAUCCGAAGGACGACAAUCACCCGCUACAGCAUCAACAGUCUGAGAACGGGAGCAGCGCCAAUACUUCUGGCCAAGACCCGGACACUUUCGAUCCGCCGCCGACGACAAAGAAGUGGAGCGAGCAAGUCUGCGAGGACUCCUUCUGCGACAUCGGCUACGGCGAGGUGGAGCCAAGCGAGGAGCGCUACUCGGAUGCAGCCCCACAGCCAUAUCCUGCCAGCAGCACGGGCCCUCAUCGCCACGGACGCCGCAACUAUCAGCCGCGCCAGGCCCCGAGACCGUUGAAGACUCAGCAGCCGGCCAGCAUAGACACAAACUCCGACCAGUAUCCAUCCAUGGCCAGCAGCGAGGAUCGCGACGAGAGCAAGCCGCUGCCGAGCUGGCGAAAGACGCGCUUCAACCGCAACCACGACGGUGACAGCAACGGCCGUUCCCGCGACCAGCAAAGGCGCUACAGCGCGAGCUUCGAGGACGACCAUCACAGCGUGAGGAGCGAGGGCACCGGCAACUUGCGGCUCUACAGCAUUCACGACCGAAGGAAACACUCCCAGGAGCGGCACGAGCGCAACAUGAGCGGAGGGGGGAACUACAACAGCAUAGUCAACUCCAACUGGGACCAGCGCGACAGGGACGACCGCAGCGAGCGCUCCUACAUCAGUAACUACGAGCGUGGCAACACCUAUAAGCGGGGCGGCCGCUUCCAGAACCGCAACACCUACGACAAGCCGCCGCGCUUCCAGAAACAGCAGCAGCAGCAGCAGCAACAAGGUCAGGUUCAGCAUCAGCCACAGACUGGCCCAGGCCAGAAGAUUCAUAGCGAUACCUGGCGGCGCUCCAAUACGGCCAUUAACAGUGGCUACCAGGACGAAAACUGUGCCUACAACUCCAACGGGCCAGAGUCCAAUAGCCGCAGCUCCUCCAGGGCUCGCACCCUUCCACGCCCUUCCAAGAUGGACAAGUCUGGCGGAUAUCGGUACAACCAGAGUCCCACACGAGGGGGAGGCGGAGGAGGAGGUGGUCCAAGGUUCCCCCGAUACAGCAGCCAGAGCAGCUUGGCCAGUGAGGCGUCCAGCACGUUCGACCGCCGUCAGCAGACCUCGCCGCAGCAUCCGCACCAGCGACACCGCCACUUCACGCGCCGAUCGCAGCCCGACAUCCAUCAGCCACAGAACGAGGACAAAAACUGGCAGGGUGGACAGGGUGUCGGUCAGGGCGAUCAGCAGGCGGCUGGCAAGGAGGAGAGCGAGCUGGUGCGCAACGCCCAGCAGACCACCAAGUACAUGAACUACCUGUCCUCGCAGAAAUGACCUCCGCACCGCAGCCACCGCCGCCAGGGCAAAAAAGUACAUUUGUAAACUAGUUAUUACUGUUUGUAUGGAGGGAGCCCGGUUCUUCCAUAGCUACUCAAAGUGUUUUUCAGUUUUUUCCCCUCAUCGCUUCCCAAACAGUUCAUCCUCAGAUUACAACCCAGGGGACUGUACCACCUCCUGUUCCAGCCAGACCAGAGCUCAAAUGUGAAACCAAAUCAACAGAAACCAGACUCAACUCAAAACAAGGCUCAAUAGCGAAGCAUUAGGUCCCAUCACACAUUGGAAUCCGAUCACCACUCUGUAAAUACCAAUCUAUAUAGUAUAUAGAUGAUAACAUAGCACUUGCACGGCCCACACAAACAUACACACGAAUCCAUUUUUAUAUAUUUAUGUAUACAACUGCUUAGGAACUAAGUACAAACUCCAGGAAAAUCCUAUCGAAGCCUGUUAAAUGUUAAAUCAAAGUUGAGCAUAUGAAAUUGUAUUUUAGCUAAAUAUAUACAUAUAUAUUGAAUGUCAUGUUAUAGUGCAGAUUCAGAUAAAGUUUAUUAAACGAAUUAUACACCCACACAAAGGUAUUUUUAAAGAAAAUUUUGUGAGGCCCUUUGUUGGAACAACGAAGC